AUGGCAACUACGGCGUCCGGAGAUCUUUGGCUGCAAUGGUUCACUUGCUGCGUAAAUCCGGCGGCUUCGAGUUCUCCACCGGCGGUCGCUCGUCACAAGGCGGCCCAGCACCGGCGGCGCAUCGACCGCGCUGCUAUCGGGCCACCGACGAAUUUCCAGCACACGGGGCACAUUGGUUCCGGCUCUGAAUUACUCAACGGAGCCCAUUUGACGGCUGUGCAGAAUCAAAUGCAAGGAAAGGGGGGAUAUGGGGCGGCUUCCUUCGGACUCAAGGCCUGUUAGCCGCCGUUUGCAUGAAUCCUUCUGGGCAGCAUUUGUUAUAUUUAAUUUGUUGAAUGAUAGAAAAGCGACGUCAAUUUGUAAAAAAGAUGAAUACUAUUUAUUUGUGUUGUGAAUAGUGUCUUAAGAACAGUAUUACAAGGAAGAGGAGUAUGUUAUUGUCAUAUUGUUGAUUUUAUCAAUCCUAACGUAUUGUUUAAUAUUAUUAUUAUUAAGAGUUUAGUUAAGGAGGAUUAAUAAGUGUAAUAGUUUUAUGCAGAAUUUGGUUAGCAUAUUUAAAACUAAGUGUAUAUAUUGAUGUUACAUUUAAUUGUGUGAUUGAGUGAAUGAGAAUUUUGUAAGGUAUAUUUGAGUUCUAUAUCUGCAAAUACAUCACAUGAAUAAAUAUUGCAAUGCGAAAAAAAUAUUUUUUUAGAAUAUUUGUAAUUGUAAAUUAACAAUAUUAUGUUUAGAAACUCCUGUGCCUCAAAUAUAUGCCCGAGAUGGAUGAACGUUACUUUGUGAGAUUAAUAAUAGUUUAAGCUAAAUUUUGCAAUAUAUUCAAGAACAUUAUUUAUUAUUCAGUAAUAUUCUUAGCAUUUUUUCUACUCAAAAUGACUGCAAAAGAUGUGUCUUAGCUUUCUUUAUUUAUCCUUUAAAAUAUUUUCUUUAUAGUGUGGUCGUUAUUUUUAUCC